AUGAAAAAUCAAACAUAUUUCUGGGUUCUGGUGGACCUCUGUCUCAUGCUGACUCAGACUGGAGUUGGUAUCAGAGUCAUCUCUUACAAUGGCCGCCCAACAGUGACUCAGGGACAACACGCAGACUUGACCUGUGAGCUCAUGGAGACAAACGAGGAGCUCAUCCAGAUCUCAUGGCAGAAGAGUACCAGGGGUUACCGUGCCAACCACAACUUCUUCCUCAUCACCCCGAGCCGGGGUCCAUCACAUGUCAAGGGGCGGGGGGACAGGGUGGGCUUCAUUGGGAACACCACUGCACUGGUGGGCUCUAUCCGACUGGGGGAUGUGUCCCUGGCCGAUGAGGGCGUCUACACUUGCAUCUUCACUGUGUUCCCCAGUGGGCCAUACAAGGCAGAGAUCCACCUCAAUGUCCAAAUUCCUCCUGUGAUUUCGGUUGCUGUGGAUACUCCACCCGUGGUUGCUGAGGGGCAGGAGAGCAUCUUGGCAACAUGCACAGUGGCUAACGCCAAGCCCCCUGCAGAUGUACGGUGGAGCACGGCCAGUGCAAGACAACCACUGAGCCUGACAACCUCAACCAACACUACACUGAACCCAGACGACACCGCCACGGUGAGGGUCCACCUGAGGGGAGAGCCCUCCAGAGUCAUGCACCAACAGGAGGUUCAGUGCCUGGUGAACCACACCACUCUGAGCCAGCAGAAGGUCGUUCCCUACGAGAUAGAUAUACACUGUGAGUAUUCUCAAUGA